UCUGUGUGUGAAAUGGAGAUAUGUCCCGUCCCCAAAGGAGAUUUUGUGCAGUAAUUUAAACGUCUUGUAUUCAUCAAUCCCCAAACUGGUCCCUGAGUCAGUACCAUCAGCAUCACUGGGGAACUUGGAAGUUCUUGUUCCAACCACGGAAUCGGGGUUGACCCACUCUCCUGAGGAAUUGGGAUGCUCACUCGUAAUCAGCUCUACGUCAAAUUCCAGGGAGCAAACUUGGAAAAUACAGCUUUCCUGCUUAGCACAGAUCCAGGGACGGGGUGCUAAGUAUACAUGGGAGCUGUUAGUAGUAUUGUUUCACCACCGCCACCAUCAUCAUUAUCGUGGCCAAAAGGCACCCUGGAACUACCGUUCCCAGAAGGCUCUGCGCGUGAAUCCUCUUCGCGCAUUGGACCUUGCGGGGGUCGAACUUCCGGCCUCCAAGACUGUCACUUCGCUGCUGGGCGUCGGACCGCCGCGGUGUUGGGGGCUGGAGCUCUGCUGGUGGGUCCGUUUCUCUGGGAGGUUCUGGAGACCAGAGGCGAGGGCUGGAGGAAGACGUCGGCUCUGGGCCCGCGCCGCACGCGCCGUGCUUGCUGGCCGACGGCCACGCCCCCCCCCCAGCCUUGGUUUCUCGGGUGUCGCGUGGGCAGCCCCCUGAGGCCUUCGGGCGGUUCCCGGACCCACGUGCUCUCCGGCCUCUGUGGCGCCGCGGAGGCGGUAUCUUGGGCGUCCGUGCCCUUGACGGACCGGGAGACUGAGGCCAGGAGCAGGGGUGCCCGGCUCGGCCACCGCAAGCACAGAUUCCGAUGGCGGGGGCGGCGCAGGGCCUGAUGGUCUUUGAGGAUGUGGCUGUGUACUUCUCCCGGGAAGAGUGGGGGCUCCUGGACGCAGCCCAGAGGGCUCUGUACCGCCACGUGAUGCUAGAGAACUUUGCACUGGUGGCCUCACUGGGACUCUCUGCCUCCCGGCCUCGUGUAGUCAUCCAGCUGGAGUGUGGUGAGGAGCCCUGGCUUCUCAGUGGGUCAGAUGCGACCCUGGCCAGGAAUUCCCAGAGGAGGCCCAGCCCUGGUUCCCAAUGUCUGGCAGAGGGCAGAGAUGUUUCUGGGGAAGCAGCAUGGCCAAGGACCUUCCAGGAUAGGCUCCCUCCGAUGCCUGCCAGGGUCCUCCCCACCACUGCUGCCCGUGAGCCUAAAAAAUGCCCAGAGGCUCUGCAGGACAUUUCCUCAUCUCAGGAAAGAAAACCUGCGGGGGUCUCCGUGAUCUACUGGGAAAGGCUCCUGCUACGCCCGGGCAGUGGUGAGGCCGGCAUCAGCCUGCGGCUGACUUCCCCGCUGCGGGCUCCCCUGGGCAGCCCACCGACAAAGAAAGCCCUCACAGACCAUGCAGAGCCAGGCAAGCAGCUGAGGGCCUCCGAGCUUCAGAAACCACCCCCUGGGAGAACCUUCUUGAGUGUCCCAGACCUUGAGGCUGGUCACACUGUGGGGGAACUAGGAAUGGGGAUGGCCUGGCAGGAGCCUCGGAGACUCCCUGCCUGCCAGGAGCCCCCAACCUGGGAUGAGCUGGGGGAGGCCCUCCACGGCAGCCCUGGCCUGCUCCCCGGGGAGAAGACCUUUGAAUGCAGGGCAUGCAACAAAGUGUUCGUGAAGAGCUCUGACCUCCUCAAGCACCUGCGCACGCACACCGGGGAGCGACCCUACGAGUGCACACAGUGUGGCAAGGCCUUCAGUCAGACGUCGCACCUGACACAGCACCAGCGCAUCCAUAGCGGUGAGACCCCCUAUGCAUGUCUGGCCUGCGGCAAGGCCUUUAGGCACAGCUCCUCACUGGUGCGGCACCAGCGAAUCCAUACGGCUGAAAAGGCCUUUCGCUGCAGCGAGUGUGGCAAGGCCUUUAGCCACGGCUCCAACCUCAGCCAGCACCGCAAGAUCCAUGCGGGUGGGCGGCCUUACGCUUGUGCAAGGUGUGGCCGCCGCUUCUGCCGCAACUCCCAUCUGAUCCAGCAUGAGCGCACGCACACAGGUGAGAAGCCGUAUACCUGCACGCUCUGCGGAGCCGCCUUUAGCCAGGGCUCCUCGCUCUUCAAGCACCAGCGUGUGCACACUGGUGAGAAGCCCUUCACCUGCACACAGUGUGGCCGCGCCUUCAGCCACAGCUCCAACCUCACACAGCACCAGCUGCUGCACACUGGUGAGCGGCCCUACCGCUGUGGUGACUGCGGAAAGGCCUUCGCCAAAGGCGCCGUGCUGCUCAGCCAUCGCCGCAUCCACACGGGAGAGAAGCCAUUUGUGUGCUCGCAGUGCGGCCGUGCCUUCCGUGAACGCCCAGCCCUCUUCCACCACCAGAGGAUCCACACUGGUGAGAAGCCAGUGCGGAGGCGCAGAACCAGGCCUCCUUUGGGGGCCUCAUCAGAGGGUACUUUAGGGGACCCGCCCACUCCUGCCUCAGGCCCAGCCACACCUGAGCUGCCGAAGCCAGCUGAAGCCUAGGCCCCAGCUCCACUCUUUCUUACCUGUAAUGAGCCCCUUCCAAGGCUGAAGGCUGAAUCCUAAGCAAAUCCACUCUGGAGAAGUUUUGUGUGUGCUUUGAAGUUCACAUGGUGGCAAGAUCUGCCACUUCAGCCACAACUGCCUCCUCCAUCCCCCAGAAGUCUCACUGCAGAAUGGUCAGGAAGAUGGACAUGGAGGCUGGGACUUUGGUGGAGCCAAGUGGUGUCUGUCAGAGGCAGGGGAGGCUGGCAUGGUGGUGCCACUGGUUGCAUGUUAUGACUGGACACUUAGGGGAGGAGGGGAGUGCUGGGAUGGGGGUGAAGGCGGUCUGGAGGAAUUUGUGAUGUCCACACUCAAACUGGCUGGUCCACAGACACUCAGGAUACUCCCCCCAGGCAUCUGUUCAUCCCAGGCUCCCUGGGAGCAGGCACAGUGGACAAGAGGUCAUGUGGGAGUUGGGUGCCGGCCUUGGGCAAAGGGCUGGGCUUGAAGCCUCAGCUUUUUCUAGGGAAAAGAAGGGAAAAAAACAAUUCUAGCCUACAGAGGGUGUUUGCAGUGCUCUGACAGACAGGAUCUUUAUAGGGCCAACACGUGCCAACUUCCAGCCCUUGUUCUGAGUGCUGCAAGGUGCCCCCUAAAAGUCCUUUGAGGUGGCUGAUGUGGCCAUUACCCCCACUUCUCAUAAUAGGAAACUAAGGCACAGAGAUGGGGUGUAAGUUACACACUGUAGGGCCAGGCCUAGCAUCCAGGCAGCUCACCGCCCCACCCCCACACUCGUCUGCCAGCUGUGAGGGCAGAGAGAGGCCUGGCCUGGCUCCCUGCACAUGGCCAACCGUCGGGAGGUAGAAGAGGUAGAGGUCUGCAGGGGGAGGGAGAAUGAUGGCUCCCAGCCACGCUCAUCCAUACAGAUUCAUAUAUCCAAGCCUCAGCUCUGGCCACAUCCCAUUGUUACCAAAGUCAAAGUUACAGGAGCCUUUACAUCCCUACUGCCCUGACAGGAGGUGACUGAAAUAACAGAUUCAUAGAAGACAAGAUGGGGCUGCUUGCUUCUGCAGGGUCUCUGCCCAGGUGUGGCACCCUCCUGAGAUCCAUCCUUAGUGUGAUACCCCCACAUGAUGAGGACACUGAGGCAGACAGUUGGGGUGGGGGACCCAGUUUGCUUCCUGUGGCCUUUAGCAGACUGGAGCCCAUCUCAACUUUUGGCCUCACUCCCAGGGAAGUUAAUGGUCUUUUUGCUUGGGGAAAAAAGUACUAGAAGUUACAACUUGGAACUAACUUGGGAGAGACAUUCGUUGACUGUAAAUUCUUGUGCAGCACUGUGGGAGUCCACACCUUCAGCCUCCCCUCCCACCAGGUCCAGGGAGGCUCCCUGAUAAAGGUUUCUUUUUUCAAAUUAAGUGCAUGCUAAUAGCCUGGUUUCACCCUACCACAGAGCAGAUGUGCCAUCAGGAUAUGUUAUCGCCAUAGACGUGCAGGGACUUGGCUUCAAACUGGUGGGUCUUUCGGAAGAGCCAUGGGGUAGAGGCACAGCCUAUUUGUUGCCCCCUGAAGUGCUGAGACACCUGUGUCCCCUUAGCAGCCAGGUGGGUGAGCGGCAGCCAGAUGGGGUGAGGGUGCCCCAAACAGCAGCUCUGCUAGGAAUUGGGCCUUUGUGGUUCCAAACUAUGGCAUCUGAGGCAGGGGCUACAUGUGACCCCAGAGGUUGGCCCCAGUCCAGCAGGUGUUCUAGUCCCAUCAUAUCCAAGACCUCAGAGACAUCUGCUAUACUGAGUGAGCACAGACACGAUACCCCCACCCCCACUCUCCACCUGUCAGCAGAGCCAGUCCCAUCUUUUUUCCUAGUUCCUUCGAUGUGGGGAGACUUGGGUGGGGAGAGGAGUCAUGCAAUACCCCACCCCAGACCCUUCCAAGACAUGUCCUCCGUGCCUGGGCUCCUGAACCAUUGUUUGCUCCUCCUGGACUCUUGCUCUCUGCUCUGGUCCACAUUCUGGCCUUGCCUCCAUCUCUCCUUUCCCCAGGCUUGCCUCCCCACCCUAACUGAGGACUCUUCUGGAAGUCUGUGGGGACCCAGAGAGUCACAUGCCACAUUUUCUGCAACUUGGACAGAAGCUCCUCUGGGAGCCCAGUUUCCACCUUGAGCUCUCCUGACCCCUCAGCCUGAGCCUUCUGUCUCCCCACUAGCUUCCUCCCUGCUUCCUUGACCCCCUUCCUAUCUCUGUGGCCUCUGCUAUCCCUGAGUUUCUCCAUAAAUGUACCCCUCCCACAACUCGGGACUGCUCAGCGGCCUCCACUCUGUUCCUAUGGGAAAAGCAGCCACAUGGGCAUCCUCCUCCACCAUGCAUUGGCUCCCGAGUUGCCCUCCCUCAAACCUCUGGUCACUUUGAGCCCUGUCCUGCCAGGUGGGCUCCCCUGCGCUUAGCCCUGAACAGGCUGUGACUGUAAAAGUGUCCUUGGUCUUUCUGGGUCAAGAUGGUGAGCUGAACCCAUCCCCACUUGGUUCAGAAGUCAACUGAAACCACAGAAGACCGUGUUUAAGACAAACCUUGUGGGUUUGUGAGGAGGAGGCUGGAAAAAAAGUACGUGACGAUGGCAUUCUACUCCUAGAUGAGGAUGAGGGAGCUGUCACUGACUUAGGGAAAGUCAGUACUGAGUUGGCACUAGGGUAGGUAGAGGUGGACCCACCAGGCUUAUGCUGCAAAACUUAAGAAAUCAUGACACUUGCAGUCUCCUUCGAGAGAAGACCUAAAGGAUGACUGAGGGGAGAGAUACUGGAGGAGCUGUGAGCCCAGGUCUUUCUAGGGUGGAUGGUGAGAGAUCUGUUUCUACAGGGUCUGGUCAGUCCCUGUGAAAAGACCUAAGCCCCCACAAAAGAGCUACUGGGAAGUAGCUAAUUUAAUGAUGCUACUGGGAAGAGUUGACAAUCCCCAGCCACUCACACGCUCAGAGCUUCCAAUAAGUGGUUAAAACCACAGCUCUGUAAAGAGCUGGCAGCUAGGCAAUCCUAGGUAUCAGAAGUCAUGCUUCACGCACUUGAUGUGUGGAAGCAAAACUGACCUCGAUAACACUGUCUAUGAAGGUAAACUAAAAAUAAAGGUCAUCUUACUAGUUCUGGCCCCCAAAGUAAGUAAAAGGUUUGAGUACUGGUAUCUGAAGACCGGUCAGACUCAGGAUAUGUAAAUCAUGGGACAGUUUCCCAAUCGGUAAACGGGUGCCCACCGGAGAACGCUAGAAGAUCAAAUGAAGGACCCACACUCUCCUCGCUGGAGCAGGUCAGCGGGGCCGGACCCUGUUUCCUUCUGGGACCACCAGGAGGUAAGUCUGCGGAGCUAGUACUCGACCCGGCCUCCUCUGAAGGCAGGGCGACGCUCCAGCUGUUGCCUUGGAAACCUGCAGGAGGGCGGACUCAUUCCUACCGCAGGACCAGCCACAAGCCUCAAGCAGCGCAUUGGGGGAGGGACCUGGAUAAGUGCGAGCUCUGAUUGGUCGGGAGGUCACACCUCGCUUACCAACGGGAGCCCUGUCCAUUUCGCACACUCGCGCAGAAGUCUAACGGCCCACCUUGGCAGUUGACGAGUUGUAGGACACAGAUGCAAGAAACGGCCGCCAGUGAAGGAAGCUCCAUAAACUGAGCUACUCUGCAGAUUCCUCUACGAGGAAUGGAGUACCUCUUAGUCGUGAAAGAUCUCUGUAAAUAGCCUCCGCUGGCGGAAGCCGUGACUGUCCUUGCUUUUUGAAGCUCAUGGGAAACGUAGUCCGAGGGGGGGGUGUGUGUCUUCGGAGCAGUGAUGUGACUGGCCAGAA